AGUACUCACCGGUUCGGCGGUCGCCAUCUUACAAAUCUCUGUUUGGAAAGCUCCGCUGAUUGGUCCGAUUGUACAACGUGACCCCACCACUGCGCGCAUGCGCUUUGUGCCGCCGCUGACUCCACCCCUCUGGAACGCAGCAGCAGGCAUGGCGACCACCGAGGCCAGAAGGGAGUGUGAAACAGAGGGCUGCAGCAAGGAUGCCAAACUUCAGUGCCCCACGUGCAUCAAGCUCGGCAUUCAAGGCUCCUAUUUUUGUUCACAGGAGUGUUUCAAAGGGAGCUGGGCAUCUCACAAGUUGCUUCACAAAAAAGCAAAAGAAGAAAAGAACCAAAACGAAGCCAAGAACUGUGUAGAGAAGGACAUUAACACAGACCCAUGGCCCGGCUAUCGCUACACAGGAAAGCUACGCCCUUAUUACCCCCUGACUCCCAUGAGGCUUGUACCAAGUGGAAUCCAGAGGCCCGACUAUGCCGACCAUCCCAGAGGGAUGUCCGAGUCCGAGCAGUUCUUGAAGGGGACGUCGCAGAUCAAGAUCCUCUCUGCCGAGGACAUCGAAGGCAUGAGAGUUGUUUGCAAGCUGGCCCGAGAAGUGCUGGAUAUUGCGGCCUUGAUGGUAAAACCAGGUGUCACAACAGAGGAAAUCGAUCAUGCCGUGCAUUUGGCCUGCACAGCGAGGAACUGCUACCCAUCACCCCUCAACUACUACAACUUCCCCAAAUCCUGCUGCACGUCGGUCAAUGAAGUCAUCUGUCACGGCAUCCCAGACAGAAGGUCCCUGCAGGAAGGAGACAUCCUCAACGUGGACAUCACCGUCUAUCAUAAUGGUUUCCAUGGCGACCUCAACGAAACCUUCUUUGUGGGGGAGGUAGAUGAAGGAGCCAAGAAGCUGGUCCAGACGACGUACGAAUGCCUUAUGCAAGCCAUCGACUCCGUGAAGCCUGGCGUUCGCUACAGAGAGUUGGGGAACGUCAUCCAGAAGCACGCCCAGGCCAACGGCUUCUCCGUGGUCCGGAGCUACUGCGGCCACGGCAUCCACAGACUCUUUCACACCGCCCCCAACGUGCCACACUAUGCCAAAAACAAAGCAGUCGGAGUCAUGAAGCCGGGUCACGUGUUCACCAUCGAACCCAUGAUUUGUGAAGGUGGCUGGCAGGACGAGACGUGGCCCGACGGCUGGACGGCGGUGACUAGAGACGGAAAGAGGUCGGCUCAGUUCGAGCACACCCUGCUGGUGACGGAGACCGGCUGCGAGAUCCUCACUCGCCGGCUGGAGGAAAACGGACGCGCUCACUUCCUGAGCCAAAUGUAGGCUGGACUGUCACGCACCGCCGACUGGACUGUACCAGACCGACCCAGCACACACACAAACACACGAUCCAAAAUCAAGAGGCACCACUCCAAGAGCUCAGCUCGACUGAAGCUCACAUGAAAUAAAUGUUGGUUCCUCAACCUAAAUGAAAGUACUUGAAUGUGUCUGUAUCCAAUGUGGACGACCUCAUUAGUGAGAUCUGUAUCCUGCGAGGGAAACAGAAGAGUAUUUAUGCUUUUACUUCACCAGCAGACGUGACAUCAGUCUGCCUUCACCUCUGUGAUCCAGAGUUUUUACUAGCUGGCUAGUUGAUGUUUGUUGUUGUUCGGAGCUCAGGGCAAAUUCAACUAGUGCAGCACUCUCUAUUUUCUUUCAGCCUCUGCUAACCUUCAGAAUUCCACCACGAUGGAGUCAAAACAAUCAGCAAUACUCAACAAAACGGCCUACAAGGCUUCAAACCCACCGACUUAGUUCAAGAAAAUUAGUUGGUGUGAAAAAAAAAAAACAAACUGAAAGAUUAUUCUCCGGCUCGCUGAAAGAAAUGCUGGCAGAUGUAACAAACGUAUUUUCACCAGCGCCUUUAAGUAUUAACAGCUGUCUCAUUCAGAUUUGACAGGCAAUGGUUGCCAAGAGAGUCGAUGCAGCCUCCGUGUUUCCAAAGCCCUGGUGUAGCAAACCGAGCCUUAACGGGAAUCUCACAAUUAAAGCUUUCUGAGUGUCUACACCCCCCCCCUCCUCCCCAACACACACCAUUAACUUCUCAGUUUGUUUCUGAUUCUUUUGCUGCACGCAGCGUUGUUUCCACACUUUCAGAGAGCCAAUGUGAUCGGUUCUCCGCCAUCUUUGUACUUCUAAUGGAGUAAUAAAUGACUCUUCAGUA